AUGGCUCAACCCGCGACGACGCGCGCGGGGGAUGCUCCGCAGCACGCCGUCACUUUUAAUAAAUACGAUGAACGUGAUCUACAGGGGAAAGCGAUGCGGGAGUGGGAAAAACAAAAACGUGUGUGGGCCACUGUGCAGGAAAAUAUUCGUCGCCGCGUCGAAAACAACAACACGAUAAAUGGAGCCGGCAUGAACAUGCUCCAGGGGGCUUACCGGGCGCGUAUACGUGAAGAGGAGAUUGGGAUGAUCACCAAAGUCGCUCCCACCGCCGCCUUCUCCGGCCCUCACACAUGGGAAAGUACCCUGCGCACCACCGGAGAUACCGAAGUCAUUCGGUAUCUUAAGGUGGGCCAAACGAACUUCCCCUACGUGUUGUACGGGAAGAUAACAGAUCAGUGGCGGCUGAGCGUGGAGCACCAGUCAAACACCCGCGUCGUCUUCCCCGGUGAACACAUCUUAAGCGAGGCGGCGAGUACCGGGCUGCAGCAGCGGCCAUCCACAGCUGCUGUCCCAGUCCUAUUCUGUAACUCGGAUUACUACAAGCAGCGGUUUCAGCAGUACUUCCCGUUGAUUGAAAAGAAUAUGCCUCACCUAUUGUUGCCGCGGGCCUAUUUAGAGGUGCGUGGUCAGCCACCCCCAUGGACGACUAACCCAGAGGAUGCUGCAGCGGCGGCGAAGAGGUCCGUGCCGGCCGUCGUGCACGUGCCGCCACUGCAACCUAAAGGGGGGCAGGAACAGCAGCAGCAAAAGGAUCAAGAAGAUCAGGAUGGUAUGGAUGAAAACGGCCCCCCCAGUGUGGGGAAAACGGAAACUAUGAUUGGGAGCAAAGACAUCAAUGCAACGACAGUGCCCAUGGAGGAGGACGCUGCAGGGGCUCCCUCGUUGGAGAUCUCCACUUCACGUAUACUUUUCUUUGCCCGGCCGGGGGAGCUCGCCCACGGCUCCGUGCAGAUCAAGAACAACGGCACGACGACGGUCUAUUACAGCUGGGCACCAUUCCAACCAGUCACCGCCCUGGACGGUGAAAGAGAUACGGACGUUGUUAACGGUGAGAAGGAGGAGACUACGAAGAAGCAAGGCAGCGAUGGCACUGUUGAAGAGGCAACAGAUGAGGCGGCGGCGCUUCACACGAGCAGUGACCAGCAGUCCCCUGCAAGUUCCAGGCAAAUGGUGAAAGGGACGCCACACCAAAUGAACGUUCCUCUUCGCUCCCUGGCGAAGAAGUUGGCGCAGUCCAAAUCCUUCUUUUUCCUCUCUGAGCAGCUGGAUGGUGUCAUUCUACCCGAUGACGAGAAGACGUUUUCCUUUUCUGUGCGGGCGGCAUUUCCGGGACGUUUUUUGCAGCAUUAUGAGCUGCUUAUGAUCCCUGUCGCCGCCUCCCGUGUUGUAGUGGAACUGUGUGCCAUUAUCCAAGACGGUGGGCACUCGUUUGAGACCGUUUUUCGUCCUGUUGCAGCUGCACUCGACGCCAAGGCCGUUGUGGAUGCGCAGCGUGAGGUCAUUAACGCAAUGGCAGCAAAUACCAAUGUGUAUGAGGCUGCUGAAAUUGCAAGGGCGACGCAGGCGUGCCUGGACGCCGCCAAGGUGUCUCAAGGAGCUCGAGAGGCGUUGGUUGCAAAGUGGCGCAAGGCAUGGAACAGUACAACGUAUCUCGCUCUGCGCCUUCCAUUCAACAUUGAUGUUUACGAGCGGUUGAAUGCUCUACACCAAAAUCUCGUCCAAACGAUGUUGGCACUGGAACAACCACUUCACCAUGAAGAGUGGGAUGGAUCUGUGCAAACGUUGCAGAGUGACCUUUGCAAGCUACGUGACGCCGUGUCGCGUAAUGUGCUGCGGGAGGGGUUAAACAUUCUUCUGCGCGCGGCGACCGUGUGCGAGCUGGACGAUGAACCGCUUGAUCUCCUCUUGCAACGCGUCGCUGGGAUGGUGGCCUUCUCAGCCCUGGCGCAACAAACGGGCGAGUUGGACGACACCGUCUUGCUCAGCCUCGGACUGCGUGAGCCUCACGGGGCGCGGAACGGGGCACACCCCCAGACUGGUGCUCGCGGAAACAAUAAUGCGGGUGGUGGUGGUGCUGCAGUGGGGCGCAAGGGGGUUGGCGGCAGCAGCAGCACUGGAUCGUCGGGGGGAGGGGGCAGCAAGCCGCAGGGCAGGGCACCCAACAAAGGAAAAGGGACGGCAUCGGCUGACCCCAGUCCCACUCGCCUAGGAAACACGGAAAAAUCGCCAGCGCACAACGACGCAAACGCAUCUGGAGACUCCUUGGCGGAGGCUUCUCUCAAGGAGGAGUACAGCAUCUAUCUUUUUGCUGGAAUGCGGCGGCUUGUCGGCGACGCCGUUGAUACGUUUUGCUCAAUGUUGGAGUCUUUUCGGUACACUAUGGAGGCGGCGUGUGCGUUACCGCUGCUUGAGGUCACAGCCUGUGUUCGUGCCGAGGCUGUACGCACCAUUCAGAACACCGAUGACGUAGAGGUUGACUUUGCGGUGGAUGCUGCGCCGCCCAAAAAGAAGAAGAAGUAG